AGCGACAAAAUACUUCGCUCGGCCCUGCCCCACGGUUUCUUUUGCGCAUGCGUAAAGCAAAGAGUCCUUGGCUGCGCUGGCUGCUGUAGGUGAACCGCACUGUUUUGGGACACUGUCAAAAUGCAGACCUGGAACCAGCUUUAUCGUACCCUUGCAACGCGAGGUCAACAGCUGCCCUGCAAACUGCACGGAGCCACAGCAUUAUCUCUGAGAACGUAUGCUGACAAAGCAGCAAUUGAUGCUGAUGUCACGGUGGUGGGAUCUGGACCUGGAGGGUAUGUCGCUGCUAUAAAAGCUGCACAGCUUGGUUUCAAGACGGUGUGUGUGGAAAAGAACGCCACCCUUGGAGGCACCUGCUUAAACGUGGGCUGCAUCCCAUCAAAGGCCCUGUUAAACAACUCUUAUCUGUAUCACUUGGCACAUGGAAAGGAUUUUGAAAGCAGAGGUAUUGAAAUCCAAGGGAUUUCGCUAAACUUGGAGAAGAUGAUGGCGCAGAAGAGCGGUGCUGUCAAAGCCUUGACAGGAGGCAUUGCACACUUAUUUAAACAGAAUAAGGUUACGCAUGUCAAUGGGUUUGGAACUAUAACCGGGAAAAAUCAGAUCACUGCAAAGACAGCUGAUGGCGGUGACCAAGUCAUUAACACCAAAAACAUCCUCGUUGCUACAGGAUCAGAGGUCACCCCAUUCCCAGGCAUUGAGAUCGAUGAAGACACUAUAGUAUCCUCUACAGGGGCUCUGUCCCUUAAGAAGGUCCCCGAGGAGCUAAUUGUUAUUGGUGCUGGAGUUAUUGGAGUGGAGCUGGGUUCAGUGUGGCAGAGACUGGGCUCCAAAGUGACAGCAGUGGAAUUCCUGGGCCAUGUUGGUGGGUUGGGCAUCGAUAUGGAGAUCUCCAAGAAUUUCCAACGCAUUCUCCAGAAACAGGGCAUGAAGUUCAAGCUGGGUACCAAAGUCCUGGGUGCCACCAGGAGGUCUGAUGGCAAGAUUGAUGUGGCAGUGGAGGCUGCUGCUGGAGGCAAGAACGAGACGCUCACUUGUGAUGUGCUGCUGGUGUGUAUUGGCCGUCGCCCUUACACAAAUGCCCUCGGCCUUGAGAACGUUGGUAUUGAGCUGGACAACCGUGGCAGAAUACCUGUCAACAACCGGUUCCAGACCAAAGUGCCCAGUAUUUAUGCCAUUGGUGACGUGGUGGCUGGUCCCAUGCUGGCACACAAAGCAGAGGACGAAGGCAUAAUAUGUGUUGAGGGAAUGGCAGGAGGAGCCGUUCACAUUGACUACAACUGUGUUCCUUCGGUCAUCUACACACAUCCUGAAGUCGCAUGGGUCGGCAAGAAUGAGGAGCAGCUUAAGGAAGAAGGUGUCCCAUAUAAAAUUGGCAAAUUCCCCUUCGCUGCUAACAGCAGAGCAAAGACUAAUGCUGACACAGACGGCCUGGUGAAGAUCCUGAGUCACAAGGAGACAGACAGAAUGCUGGGAGCUCACAUCCUUGGAUCGGGAGCUGGUGAGAUGAUCAAUGAGGCUGCACUAGCAAUGGAAUAUGGAGCAUCGUGUGAGGACGUUGCGAGGGUCUGCCACGCCCAUCCUACUGUUUCAGAGGCCUUCAGAGAAGCCAAUCUUGCUGCUUCAUUUGGAAAAGCCAUCAAUUUCUAGAUUACAAGUUACAUGUAUAUAAUUGUCUGCUUCUUAACUGGUUUCAGUACUACAGUACAGUGCACAGCUGAGAUCCUGAUCCCUUUGUUUUGAGGAGAAGGCAUCAUGCAAAAGUACAGUAAAACUGUAUUCCAUUUAGUAUGUUAUUUAAAUUUAAUCUAAUAAAAGGGUUGGGUCUUAGAAUGGUCUGAAAGUGUGUAAGUCCCAUAUGAGCGCCAAUGUACUUGUGAUGUUAACACUCCUAAAAAUGUUAACACAGGAUGAAGUGGAACUGCAGACAAUUCGAAGUACGCAUACGUAUGUGGAAUUAAGGAAACAAAAAGUUUCUUUAGUAUGGAAUUGUUUUUUACUAAAUACAUGCUGUAAUGCAGUAGUUGAGUGUGCUGUGCUGAUUUUGAGUUGGGAAUUCACAAAGGGUAUGAAUGCUGUUAAGAUUUGAAAUCCUCUCACUGCCAAACUGUCAUAGUUAGGCCCUUGAGCAUGGACCUUAACCCCAGUGCGCUGACCCUAGCUAUGAUUUGAAAAGAAAAACAUUCAUUGUACAGCAUACGUAUAAUGUCAAUAAAUAAUGUCUUUCUAAUCAUAUGAUGAAUAACGGGACACAAGUUGUUCAGUUUAAAAUUGUUUUUAGGUUUAAGUGUCUCUAGUGUUUAUCCAUUUGAAAAUGACCAUAUCUUCAGAAAUUGCAUUAAAACAAACUCAGGACAAACUGGGCUUUAUAACCACAUGAA